CGCACAGAAACACGGCAGCUGCUGGCCCAGGACGAAGCUUUUCGUUCUGAAAUUCCGCUUCCGAGGCCGGCCCCCCUCCUCGUCUUUUCUGACGACGCUUGUCCCUCGCGAGACGCCGUCGGCUCUUCCAGGAGGCGUGCCUGGGGGCGGGAAGCGGGGCGGGAGCGCGGCUGCGGAGCCGGGACGGCCGCUGUCAUGGACGCCUGGGUUCGCUUCAGUGCCCAGAGCCAGGCCCGGGAACGGCUGUGUAGGGCGGCCCAGUAUGCCUGUUCCCUUCUUGGCCACGCGCUACAAAAACACGGGGCCAGCCCCGAGCUACAGAAACAGAUUCGGCAGCUGGAGAGUCAUCUGAGCCUGGGAAGAAAGCUUCUACGCCUGGGUAACUCGGCCGAUGCCCUUGAGUCGGCCAAACGAGCUGUACACCUGUCAGAUGUUGUCCUGAGAUUCUGCAUCACGGUUAGUCACCUCAAUCGAGCUUUGUACUUCGCCUGUGACAACGUGCUGUGGGCUGGAAAAUCUGGACUAGCUCCCCGUGUGGAUCAGGAGAAGUGGGCCCAGCGUUCAUUCAGGUACUAUCUGUUUUCCCUCAUCAUGAACUUGAGCCGGGAUGCCUAUGAGAUUCGCCUACUGAUGGAACAAGAGUCUUCAGCUUGUAGCCGGCGACUGAAGGCUCCUGGAGGAGGAGCCCCAGGAGGAAUUGGAAAUGCAGGCCCUGGUGGUCCAGCAUCUCCAGGAAGAGGCUUGCCUCAUCUGGCUCUCAAGCUUCAGCUCCGGGUCCUACUCUUGGCCCGGGUCCUUCGAGGCCAUCCCCCUCUUCUGCUGGAUGUGGUCAGAAAUGCCUGUGAUCUCUUCAUUCCACUGGACAAACUAGGCCUCUGGCGCUGCGGCCCUGGGGUUGUGGGGCUCUGUGGCCUUGUGUCCUCCAUCUUGUCUCUUCUUACCCUCAUCUGCCCUUGGCUAAGACUCAAGCCUUGAUGAGGAUAAGGUACAGGAUUAGGAGAGGAUCUCAGUGGGUGAGAUGGAUCUUAGGUCAUGCCCAAUAUUCCUGUCUCCUGCUAAUCCUACUCCUUGGGGAAAGUGAAAAUCCCAGGAUCUAGGGGUAGAGAGAGGAGCUUCGGGGAAGGCGAGGUGAGGGGACUUGUGACGUCAACGGGGUGAUUCUGAUGCUCAGAUCUUCGGAGCUUUUGUUUCUUCCUCCUCCGUUGCAAUGUCUGUGUCUUUCUUGACCCCUUUUACUCUGUCUCUUCUAAGUCUAUUUGGGAUUCUGUCUCUACAUCCUUUUUUUUUUUUUUUUUUUUUUCUUUUUUACCGUCUCCCGUUGGCUGUCCUAGGAAUUUUCAGCAGCAGCAGAAUUACACUUUUUUGGUAAGGGGAGGUAGAAGGGGUGGCCUGUAAGGUUCUCACUGCCUUCAUCUUUUCCCUCACAAAGGUGACUGGUGGCAGAUUUUAUCCCUUUCACAUGCCACCAGAGCAUAAUUUUAAAGACUUCUGUCCCAGUGGACUCUCCCCCUCAGCCACCGUGGUGGUUCAGCGGUUCCUCCUUGACGUCUACCUCACCAGCCUCCCUCGGGCCUCGGCCCUGCCCUCUGCUCACGCCCACAGAUUUCUGCGCACCCUUUCAUUUCAGGGCCUUGCUCCCCAGCCUGCCCCGGCCCCUUCUUUGCCUGUGCGGAAUGAUGCUGUGUGCGGCAUCUUGCUGUAAAUACUGUACAGAGACUCCGUGUAAAUAGCUGUGGCCUGUGCCCACGAUGGGGAGCGAGCCUCCCGGGUCAGUACAUUAAAGAUCGGUUUGCUCCUCGG